AUGCCUCUAGACCAGUUAGGUUCGAAUAGACGAAGCAUAUGUAGGUCUAGGUCUGCAGCUGAUAGGGAUGACAGAGGUUGGACCCCGCUUCACAUUGGUGCCCGAAAAGGCGAUAUCAAGGAGGUAAAUAUUCUACUUUUGGAUAUAGGUAAUGUGAUUUUGUGGUUUAGCAAGCUGAGUUUGAAUGCUAUAAUGGAUCUAUGA